AUGUUUAAUCCGUGUGUUACUUAUGUUUAUUUUUUAUUCAUGUUAUGUACUAUGUGACUAGGAUGAACUUGAAUCACAUGAUGUUCUGCCACAGUCCAGAUUGUAAAACAACAUGUUAAAAUCGUUCCAUGCUGGUCACACUUAAUGUUUUGUAUUUGUGUGGUGACCUGGUGCUUUGUGUUUGUGUAAGUGUGUGUCAGGUGCCUGUGGCAGAAGGGAAGAGUGUGCAGCAGACAGUGGACAUCCUGCACAAGAAGCUGGAACAGCUGGGUGCUGUGAAACAGGGCAGCUUCUGUGUGGACUGUGAGACGUACCACGCAACUGGAAAUGUCAGCGGUCAGCCAUCGAAGCUGCUGUAUGUGAUGCACAACUCUGAAACGCCCCUGAGCUGCUUCGCCUUGUUUGAAGGUGGACCCUGCCUUACAGCAGAUGCAAACUUUGAUGUUCUCAUGGUGAAACUAAAAAGUCACUUCCAGAAUGCCAAGGGGCAUAAGGUGGAGUGCCGCGGUUCACGUUACCGCUACUGUGACUUCUUGAUAAAAGUUGGCACGGUGACGAUGAGCUCCAGUGCAAGAGGGAUAUCUGUUGAGGUGGAUUAUUGCCCCUGUGUGGUUCCAGGGGACUGCUGGAACCUUAUGAAGGAGUUCAUGCAGUCAUUUCUUGGCCCCAGUGUGCCUGAACUGCCUUCUGUGUUUGCUGCCAAGUCAGAGGGCAUUUACGCACCGGCAGACUGCAUCGACACCAUGACUCAGUACCUGGAAUUGUUCAACAAACUUCGUAAACUGCAAAUUCCAGGGAGUAAUGUGCGUUGAAGUGCCUUUGGAAAUUAACAAUGUUUUUUUUAAAGUGUGUUUCUUUAAUUUUGGUCCUAUAGAGCAGCAAGCCUGGAGUUUUGGUAUUCCAUCAACCUUUCAAUGCAUCCACCUAGUAGACAGAAACAUCUUGUGGACAACAUUAGAGAAAAUUUGGGUUCCUGAUCUAAGUGUGUUUAAUAAUGUCUUUGAUAUGAAAUCAUGCAUUAGUGCUUAAAGAAUUGUUUGCCAUUCAUCUUUAGGAAUUUUCUAAAGUAAUUUGUGUCAUUGGGUAAUGAAGACUGAUCAAGAAUGUCCUCAGUGUUGUACAUACACAGAGCUGCCAUACAUGAUAAAUAAAAUUUCACAUUUCAAAGAUGCUCUCGAUGCAAGACAAAAGCAGCCAUCUACUAUCUGCAAGGUGCUGCUGUACAUGGAUGUUGUUCCUUUUGCCUUAUCCAGUACCUGGGGUUCUAAGCAAUGACAUGUCACAUGAGUAUUUUAGCUUCCAUC